CAUGCAUGCACACUCCGUGGGACCGUCACAAUUGUCUCAUUUUGUUUGAGUAAUUCUUCAGUUUUUCAAACGUGUGGCGCAACCUUCUAUACCCCCUUGUAGAAUCGGGAUUAAAUUCAAUUUUAUUGAAAUUUGUUAGUAGAAUAUUUGCAAUUUCACGCAGUGCAGUCUUUCAUCACAAGCGACAUUCUAGGUAACAAGUGUCACGUGUAGCAGAUGUACCCAUUCCACAGAGUUGUUGGACCCAAGUUUGCUCUCCCUCUAUCAGUACUGGGAACUGAGAUAUGCAUAUGUCUUUCACAACAUCCUGUUUCGGAAAUACGUCACAGCUACCGACACCAAAGGACUAAGACCGUCAUCGAACCACAACACCGUCAGAAACUGCAUCGGUACAGCUGUAUUCCAUAAAGGAGGGACAUCUUCGUACAGAAUUUCACCAACCAAGUUCCCAGCAUCCAGAAUGUCAUCAUCGGCAAGCAAGCUACCAACAGGGUCCCGCAGGAGUCUUUGGCGAUCGGUGUCGAACGAAAAUCAGGAUGUCCAAGGGGCGGCGAUAGUUCCAAGACAUCUCUUUGGGGAGUCUAGUUAUGAUGGUGACGCUAAGCAUCUGAUUGAUAAAGGAUUUCCGCAAAGGAAAGCAGCUUGUUUACAACCUCUGCAAUCAAAUGGCAACGGUGCAGGACAACAUGGUUCAUUGUACAGGUCAAUAAGUAACGACUCGGAGCAGUCGGAUGCAGACUUCGACCUACUUCCCUUGAUCAAGGAAGAAUUGCGGAAUAAUAUCCAGAAGCGUCGAUGGCAGAGAGGCGUGUUGGACCUGGCUUUGGAGGACUAUGACAAGGAAAAAUACCAGGAUGAUCAGCUGACUCCAGAGGAACAAGCGAAGAGGGAAGAUCGGAAGAAUAGAAACCGAGAGGCUGCCGCCAGAUGUCGGGCUAAGAGACGUAAACACAUGGAGGAACUUGAGCAGUCAAUGGUGAACCUGGAAUCUCGAAAAAAUGAAUUGAUACAACAGAAGGAGCAGUUGCUACGAGAAAAGCGUGAACUAGAGAAGAUGGUGGACGACCACUUUAGGCUGUGUCCUUGUAACAAUGAGAUGAGAGGCACAUGACAAUCGGUGGACGCAUAGAUUGGUCCAUUUAUAUCCUACCGAUGAAGGAAAUCUACCUAAGACGAUCAUGCUUUCGAAUGAACUACUGUGCGAACAAAUCACUAUGAGGGCGCACAUUGGCCAUCACAGACGAUUUUUUCAGUGGUCGCUAAUUCCAUGAUCUGAAGUAGCUCUUCUGAUGGCAGAGUAUUCGAACAAUAAACAUGCAUGUUAAUGUGUGUCAUUAAUCGCAACAAGUGUGCAGAUUGUACGGCGUGCUUCAAUUUGCGCUUAGAGAAAGCUUCUUCAAUUUGACAGUAUAUUUCUGUAAUUAUACAGCUAAAUUUCCGUCGCGUUAUAUCACUGUGGAGAGUUGUGUAUCUGCUUUGAGCAGAAGCCCAACCCCCUCCCUCAGAUUAGAUCCAGGUCUGUCGGGCGUGUUCAUUUUGCUGGUAGCGACGCGACCGUUACGCAUGCAUUUCAUAAUCGUUCGUAAACCAGCGAAGCGCAGGUCUGACCAAAGGAGCCACCGUUGCAAGGAAAUUUGCACCCUAUAUUGAUUUAGCUUGGGCUCAUGGUGUAGUGCAUAGCAUUCCACUACAUGUAUUGUACAAUGAAAAGGGUAUAUAUUUCCCUUUACGUGUGUAGAUAUUUUGUUUAUAAUUUUAUUUUAUUUACUAGCAUCAGUCGCUACAUGCUACACUAAGUAUUUUACCGAUAUAUUUAUUUAUCUAUAGUAUCUAUUAAAGUUACUGGAUUAAUAGCGUAAUGUGUGUAAUGUUACUCGCAAAUUAAUUUAUUGAUGUGUCUUAUUACACAGAAUAAGUUUUUUCUGAAUUAGCAUAAAAGGGAUAUUUUUGCUUUAUUCCCUUACUUUGGGUCUGAAGAUAUAGGUUUUAUCUGAAGUUUUAUCUGAAUUAGCAUAAAAGGGAUAUUUUUGCUUUAUUCCCUUACUCUGGGUCUGAAGUAUCGUGACAUCUAGUUUGUUUGUCAUUUUUUAUCAAAAUGUCCGACUAAAAUGUCUUUUCCUCUUUCAAUAUAAAUGGAUUUCCCUGACAAACCCAUUUCUUGUAAAAAAGAAGUAUACUAUCACACCCGAGUAUUACAGCAAUAAGUACGGUUUUAGAGAGUGGCAGGAACUUCAGGAAUAACAAAAAAUGGCUAGGAAUAUUUCACAAACCAAAAUAAUAACAUACCCCGUUGAUAUAUGCACUUGUCAAUUAAUUAAAAUCUCUGUAAUUGAUAAACGAAGCUAUCCACAUACACUGUAGUCACUGAAAUAGUGAAUUAAAACGAAAGGUGAGAUACUCCACGUAA